UACCUUUAGGGGUCUGACAACGAAAGUCAGCCCUUGCUUCCUGAAUCAACGACUAAAGGGUCUUGUUUCGCAGAAUACCGCGUGUUGUUGCCAUGACUUCAACCAACAACAUCCAGUUAAAAAACAGUCCGCCAUCACAAAGCAUCCCCCUUUUAUCAUCGAUCUCUGUGUACAGGCUUGGGUACAGUAACCGCCGGAACGAACUUCAUCGGACCUCGACAUAACUAAGCCCGUACAUGUUCACUACUUCUGCAACUUCAUGGAGAACCGACGAUUCCCUGAGCGUUGUACAUGCUUCGAGGAGCAAGACCGCGCCGGCAAAGUCUUGUCGAAGACGGCGCAAGCCGAUGUCGUCCGCGCAAUCCAGCGUUUAUACUCUACUGGAGUCCCACUCUUCGACAAAACAGUCAUCGCCACCCUUGAUACAGCGAUCUGUGAAAGACAUGCAAUCAUGAACUUGGUCGGCGUGGACGGAAACAUGUCUGUUUCGAGACCUGAUUGGAUUUCCUUUGAGACACAUUACGAGCCAAGAAUCGGCUUCCGUACCAUUCAAAAUAUGAUCAACGGAGUCCCUCCUGAUGGCCGAAUGCGCACCUGCGGGGCCCUCAGCUCCUAUCGUGUCGCCUGUUUCCCCAGACAUACAGCACCCUCGUCUCGAGCCACAUUGUCAUCAAUCAAAAGAUUGUGGGAUAUAUAUCAAAAAUUAUGGCAGCAAAGUCAAACCUGCUCAGUUCUUAUGGAAAUAAUGGGCAAACUACCGCCACACUGCCAAGUAACAAAGGUUGUGUGCUUCGGUCUCGGCGCGCUCUUGCCAAACAUCUGUCGGACGUGUGGGUUAUGCCUCAACAGUGUCCAUUGCAAGAUACACAAAACAACUAGGUCGAGAACCUUCACACAACAUGCCGCCGCUGUCAGCAUCAUGCUCAUGUUGCGUCAGCAGAAUCCCCACCUACAAUGCUACUCGCAGGAGCCAGAAUAUUCGCCAGAAUGCAGAAAUAUUUUACGAGGCUUGGACAUCAUUGUUGUCGAUGGUCACAAAGGUUUCCUCGAAGUUGAUGACAGGACACUCGUUAUUUCGAUUAAACCGGCCGUUCCUGUCAAGCAAAUCAUUACCGAGCUGGCAAGGCCAGCAGUGAUAAUCUGGGAUGCUAUGGAUGGCGAUGAAAGGGACCCUGACGAAGGGAACCCAGACAAGUGGCAGUUGUUGACUCGCAACGGGAGUCAAUAUUGGCAAAGCCCUUAUGGAGUCGAUCCUGAUUCAUCACGCACAAGAAAUAUGCUGACAUACGAAUAUGCCUCGGUUCCGUUUCCCGGAGAUGUGCUGAACUUUGGACCGCUUGAUAUCCAUAUACGACAGCCCGCCGAUACAAUGGCUGGUGGUAGCGCCCUCCAAAUAGGAGGAGCGACAGCGGGCACACUUCUCUGAGCCAUCAACUGCUGUUUAUUGAAUGAAGGAUGCUUAAUGAAGCGUAGGGAGAGCACUGCAGCGAAUGCAGCUCUCUGAGGAAGGUCUUUAGAAGAAUGAACAUGGAUACAGAAUGGCUGUAAGAGCCGGAAGACCGUGAGAGGAGACGAAGC